AUGACCGUGUAUGAGCUACACGCGUGGGACAGUCACGUGACACGACUAAAACCAGUCCUCCCCGAGGAAGAAUUUGAACUUCUCGGGAAAUUCCAACCGUCGCUGAGCGGCCGAGAACAGAAGUUCCUGAUGUUUGCCAUGAUCUCAGCCACGCAGGCCCUCGCCGCUUUCAACAUUACGUACCUCGUGAGGGGCGGCUCCCUCAUAGGUUACUGGCGCCACCAUGGGAGAAUACCAUGGGACGAAGAUGUGGACAUCCUCGUGGACAGCAAGCAAUGGCCGCUGGCCAGAAAAGUAUUGUCAUGUCUACCAGACUUGCAGAUAAACAUCGGGAGCGAUCAUAUGUGGAAAUUAUUUCACAAAGACGGUCAACUGUGGAAGAGAGAAAACUACAUCAAGUUUCCAUACGUUGAUAUUUUCUUAUACCGAGAGGAUUCUGAUCACGUGUGGCCGCUGACGAUAUGGAUGAAGAUGAUUACGAUGAAAAGAGAGUGGGCAUUACCCCCUUCCAGGGGCGUGUUCGACGGCUGGCCCAUAUCUGUACCCCACAAGCCAGCUUACGUGCUGCAUGAACUUUACCCCGGAAGAAUUAUGUCCGACUGUUACGCGCAAAUCUUUCAGCGACGCAUGCGC